GGCCAGUAACUUUGCAAAGAGGUUUGACUGAGCUUGAGUCUGAGAAGGUAAAUCACUGCGAGCACACCGAGUCUAACGUGUCUUUGAACUUAAGAAACUGUGAAACACAACACGGAACAUGGUACAGCAAACGGAGCACAGCGAGACUGAGAGUAGCAUAUCUCGGGAAGCUACGGAUACGGAGGAAACAGAACUGAUGGCUUGCAGCCCGGUGCCACCAAAACCCGACUGGUGCAAGACAGCCACCGGGCACAUUAAACGACCGAUGAACGCGUUUAUGGUUUGGUCAAAGAUUGAGAGGAGAAAGAUAAUGGAGCAGUCUCCGGACAUGCACAAUGCCGAAAUCUCCAAAAGACUGGGGAAGCGAUGGAAAAUGCUGAAGGACAGUGAAAAGAUUCCCUUUAUCCGGGAAGCCGAGCGGUUGCGUCUACAACACAUGGCAGACUAUCCUGACUACAAGUACAGACCCAAGAAAAAACCAAAGCUUGACAAUUCUUCAAAACCAGCCGCGCUAUCACCGGAGAAGACCAGCAGCAAAAGUGUCAAAGCUCCAGGAAAGAAGUGCACGAAAAUGAAGCCCAGUAAGCCGGGGACCAUUACUACAAAACCCUCACAAGAUGUUCGCUACAACUACGUUUUCACAAACUUAAAGGUGAGCAAGUCCGUCAAAAGGGAGCUUACAGAUGACGACGAUGACGACGACGACGACGACGACGAGGAUGAUUACGAGGACGAGCUGCCAACUCGGAUUAAAGCUGAGGAAGACGAGGAGCAGAUCAGACCGUACAACGUCGCCAAGGUCCCCGCGAGCCCCACUCUGAGUUCUGCUGCGGAGUCAGAGGGCGCGAGCAUGUACGAGGAGUCCAGGCACGCGGGCGCUGCAGCCGGCAGCAGACUGUUUUACAAUUUCAAGAACAUAACCAAGCAGAACGCAGCGCACUCCGCCUCGGUCUCACCAGCAUCUUCCUUCAGGUCCGUCUCCACUUCGUCUAGUUCCAGCGAGGACGCGGACGACUUGCUUGUUGACUUCAGUUUAAACUUGGCAGCAGGCGCGCACGGAGCGGAGCUGGGGAGCAAUUCAGGAAAUCUUUGUCUUUCUCUGGUGGAUAAGGAUUUGGACUCUUUCAGCGAGGGCAGUCUCGGCUCUCACUUCGAGUUUCCGGACUAUUGCACCCCCGAACUCAGUGAGAUGAUUGCGGGUGACUGGCUAGAGGCAAACUUUUCUGAUCUAGUGUUCACGUACUAAAUGUGGGCUGAUUCUCCUGCGUAAGCGGGGAGGUGUCUCGCAUCUUCAGGUCAUUUAGAAUUGCCUCCUAGGCUUGCUCCCUGCCCGGGGAAAGGAAGCGAAACCAGAUGCGUUACGACAAAGGUGACAUCGCAAAACGUGACAUUUUUCGCCACGACAGGGUUUUAUGGUUUCUGUGUGGGCCCGCAGUGAAACUGCUAAAGUGGGGGUGGACCGCAAAAUGUAAAAUCUGAACUAUGCAGUCCCAUUCCACCAAUAUCUCUCUACAGGGAGUUGAAACGCGGCUGCAGCUCUGAAAGGAGGCAAAUCUGAAACACUGUUCAGGAUGUAACUUUUUCCGAGGUUUUGUGAUUUCUGUACAAAUGUUUGUUUUGUAAUCGGUUCCGUUUCUCUCCAGGUGUGGAGAUAACUGUUCUAGAACACAGGUAUGGCAGGAAGCAUUUUGAUACAUAACCAACAUACCUCAUCUUUUUAAAAAAGUGAAAUAUUUUCUGGCAUAUUUUUGUACAGUUAAAGGGAAUGUUCUUACUGUGCUCUCAGUGAGGUUUCUUCAGGCACUUCUACCCGGUUUCAUUGGUUCAAGCAUGCAAGAGUUAAAUCAGAUCAUCUUGCAUCCAAAUGCCUUGUUAUCCUUUCGGUCUAGGUUGUGUACAAUUGUAGAUCUGACGAUGCGUUUCUAUAAAGAUGUACAAUGGAAUUGGGGAAUUUUAGACCUCAUUGCUGGUACUAGAUUCAAGAUUGUAUAUGUUGUGUAAUAUAGUAAAUCUAGGAGUUUAUGUAUAUCAGUGUGAAUGGGUCCCAAAUAGCAGGUGUGAAACUUGGAUUUGUUUUGCAUUUUUACCAUCUUAAAGAACUGUUUUUGUUUUGUGGGUUUUUUCCAUUAUUUUGUGCAAUAUAAUCUUAAAAUGGACCAUCUGCGUUUUGUAGCAAAGGAAAUGCGUUACAUGUCGUCAUGCUGAAGUCUGUAUCUUGACAAAUAAAUCAGCUGGAACUGA